CGGUCAAGUUUCAUCGGCCGCCCGCCGCGCCGGCACCUCCCGGCUCCUCCCGAAGCGUCGCUACGCGCCGCCACUUGACGGUCAAAUUCCUUAAUGGAGGAAGGGAGAUGGCCAACCAAAAAAGAAUCCGUUGCGGCUCUUUCGCCCGUAUCCACGGACGCGCUCUUCCCUUCGUUUCGUCGGCUUACGUCAACAGCUACAAGAAGAGGAAAACGAGACCGGAAGAAAUCCAGAGAUCGCAGCCGUGCGGAGGGGAGGAGGGGAGCAUAACCCGCGAGCGGUGGCUCUUCUCUGAGUAGCUUUGCUAAAGAUCAGAACUUCUGAAGCGAUGCCAGCUCCUUCAGCACCUAUCCAUGUUGGAGUUCCUCCGCCCUAUGUGACAUCUCAUGGAGCUAAAGUUGCAAGGCUACAUAUGUAUGACUGGAUUGUGCUGCUGCUUCUAGUUGUAAUAGAUGGAGUACUGAAUACAAUAGAACCAUUCCAUCGAUUUGUUGGGUCAGACAUGAUGACAGAUCUCAGAUACCCCAUGAAAAAGAACACAAUACCAUUUUGGGCGGUGCCGAUAUAUGGUAUCAUUGGACCUAUGGUUAUCAUAACCGUAAUAUACUUCAAGAGGAGGAAUGUGUAUGAUUUGCAUCAUGCCAUACUAGGGCUCCUAUUUUCAGUGCUUAUAACUGCAGUUUUAACUGAUGCCAUUAAGGAUGGCGUUGGUCGGCCACGUCCUGAUUUUUUUUGGCGCUGUUUUCCUGACGGAGUACCUGCCUAUGACAAAAUUACUACAGGUGUGCUAUGUCAUGGUAAAGCAAGCGAUAUCAAAGAGGGUCACAAGAGCUUUCCAAGUGGUCAUACUUCUUGGUCCUUUGCUGGACUUGGUUUCCUGUCAUGGUAUCUGGCUGGUAAAAUCAAAGUAUUUGAUCAAAAAGGCCAUAUUGCAAAACUCUGCAUUGUUCUUCUUCCUCUGCUUCUUGCAGCCUUAGUGGCUGUUUCACGUGUAGAUGACUAUUGGCAUCACUGGCAAGAUGUGUGUACUGGCGGAAUUCUGGGACUGUUGGUUGCUUCUUUGUGCUACCUGCAGUUUUUUCCACCACCCUGUGAUGAAAACGGCCUAUGGCCGCACGCGUACAUGCUGCACGUUCAUAACCCGGAGGGGGACAGACAAGUGCAGCCCACAUCGACUGAUUGUCAACAAUCGCUGCCGAACGGUUCGCUUGAAGCUUCUUAUGGCUUUGAGAUGAGGACCACGAGCCAAGCACUAGAUACCAUGGAAGCUGGCCGGAGACAGCAAUGACGGAAUACUUAGUACUUACAUGUACAGGAACCUCUGCUGCGCAUACCUCGCGAUACAGAGUAGAUAUCAUAUAUCGUGCCAUCGUGCCACAAAGAAGAAUCUCUAGAUGCUUACACCAGAUACUGGCUUUCUACAUGGGGAAAAACCUUCAUGAUAUGAUAUAAUGUGACUGAGCAGAUCUAAUUUUCAGGCUUCAUUACUUUAAAA